AUAGCGCAAAGCAUUCAAAAUGUCACAAAUAAAAUUUAGUGCGAAGUUCAUACGACAGCGAGCAACAGCCCGGUGCCAAGUCCUGACUAGUUUGCUCCUAAUCAAUGUUUCUUAACGAAGACAGAAGAUACCUGCCGUGAUGUUAAAAAUAUCGUUCUCCAAAUCAUUAGAUUUUUCUUUAGGAUUCAGGCUAAAAAUCUCACCUGAAAUGUUUCCGUAGGGGGGAUGGCAGAUGGUUCCUUUCUUUCUAAAUCAAGCAACUAGACGGGGUCUCCGCAUUCAUUCCCUCGGCUUUAUGGGUGGCGACCCGUCUUUUUUUUUACCCCCUUACACUGCAAAUUUUCCUCAUUCUCUGCCAAAAUUUCGAAACUUUUUGGAUUAGACUUCAAUUUUCCCUUUCGGGGGUGUCUUUAUAUUCAUAUCGUAUUGGUGUCUGGUCAGUUCUUGGGAUAAGUUGAAGAACGGUGCUCUUGGUUCAUGACCUGUGGCGGCUGUUUGAGUGAUUUCUAGAGAUAAUCUUGUUUAGUUUGAUCUGGGUUUCUGAUUAGUUCCUCUGUAAUGCUGAUUUUUGCGCGAUAAAGGAGUUCUCCAAUUCUCUGAUUGUUAAUAUUUUCAAAAGGGAAAGAAGAAAAAAGCAGAAGAGGAGUUAUAAGGUGAAUGCUUUUGGGUAGGAAAAUCUUCAAUAGAAUUUAAAUUGAUCUUGGAGAAGCACAAUGAGAAUUUGAGGCGGGGUAUUCGUUGGGAAGUUCUUUAAUGGCAGAAGAAGAAUCGAUUGAGCUCAAAUUCAGACUUUCAGAUGGCACUGACAUCGGACCCAGCAAGUAUAGCCCAUCGACAACUGUAGGAUCUCUGAAGGAGAAAAUCCUUGGGCAGUGGCCAAAAGACAAAGAAGAUCGUCCAAAGACAGUAAGUGAUGUAAAGCUUAUUAGUGCUGGAAAAAUCCUGGAAAACAACAAGACGAUUGCUGAAUCCAGACUAUCAGUGAGUGAACUUCCAGGAGGCAUCAUCACUAUGCAUGUUAUUGUGCGCCCUCCUUUAACAAACAAAAACAAUGAGAAAGUACAGGAAGAUUCUUUAAAGAAGAGCAGAUGUCCAUGCUCAAUUCUAUAACCCUGGUAACAAGAUUCUCAAUGCUUCUUCAAUUGGGUCUCUUUUUCUGUCCACGUGUUCCGCGUUACAUGGUUGCUGAGAUUCAUUUCAGAGACACAAUUUGAGGCAUUGCCGACUGGGUGCAAACCUGUUGCUACAAUACCAUCUGUUUCUUUCAUCUCGUGGUUUGUAAUUGUUGCACUGUAAUACUUUGGAGUUCAUCAGUUGACUAUUUUUGAACGGACAGCGAAAUAAUUCUUUCAGUGGGAUGUAAUAAACAACUCUAAUGUGGUUAUUUCAAACGUACCAGUUGCAUCUGAA